CGACCCCGUCUCCCCUCGCCCCAUCUCCUCAUCCGUAUCUCCUCGUCUGCACCUCCUGAUACUCAUUACCACCGUUUGCUACGCAUCCUACGCCACGCUUAAACAUAUAACGCAUCGCUCGUGUCUACCGCUCCUCAAUCAUCCUCUCGACACACCCACUCAAGAUGUUCUCUCGCGCGUUCCAACUCUGCACGCUCUCUAUGCUCUUGAUCUCGCUCGUCUGCGCGUCCCCUGCGCCGGCACCCAUGCCAGAGCCCAUUGAUGCGAAUAUGGCAAAUGUCAUCGCCAUGAACCACAACGCGGGAUGUACGGCGCCGCAAGGCUGCUUAGCUGCGCAACCCAACGGCGCAGAGGAUGUAGCCGCUAUUCUCGCAAAAUCUGCCGCACUGCCAUCGGCCGUCUCGUCAAGCGGGCGAGUGCUGUUGGCGAUCUCCUUGGUGUCUGGGGCUGUCACUGCGACCACACUUCUAUGAACGCUGUGCACCCGAUCAUAUGGACCUUGACGACUUCACUGGAUGGAUAGUCAUGAAUUAUCUUAUGUAUCAUGUUAGCAAUCCCUCGCAAUGUAGCCUAUUAUAAGCCUAGAUGCG